UGCAGGGGUCUUUGUGAGCCACGUUCUCUACCUAAAGAGGUAGAGGGGGAGGGAGCAAACCUGCUGCUGUCUAACCUGGCAUGGAGCCACGGCUGCCUUCCCCAUGGAGAACCACAGCUUCAGCAGCAGCUGAGGAGAGAAGAUCUGAAAGCAGGUAAAUGUGGGAGAUGCGAGCGUAGCACCUUGAAAUACAGACACCAUAUUCCCCCCACCCAGAGCUUUCAAAUACUCCCGUCAGCUGAAAUACUGCUAACCCAAACAUUCGAACAUGAUGAGUCAAAUCUCCCUGGAAACCAAGCAGAGAAGAACCCGCAUGUGUGGAGUCGCUGGUGCUGGUGUUUGUCUCCGACAGACAGCAUAGAAGCUCUCCUCCUCCACCUCCUUCUUCCUCGGGGACACAGCAGAGCGGUAAGGAAGAAAGGCCGGGCUGGCAGCGAGGCAGAGGAUCGUCAACUGUGGGAUGCUCACCCAAGGGCUCCGCCAGGAUGAAAGGCCAAGCGAUGUCGGUGCCGGAGCCCCUGGCAGCCCCAUCCUGCUGACGGCGAUGUGAGCGUGGCGCUGCGGAGCCUCAAAGCCCUGCGAGAUGGAGGAGCUCUACAAGGAGACUCCCAACCUGCCCAUGGAUGUCACCAGCCCACCGGCGGCCAUGGCCAACAACAAGCUGGAGAACGGCGUGGCCCAGCUGAUCACAGCGGAGGCCUGGAACAUCAAUUCAGCUGACCUGAUGAAGAAGGCCCUGUCCCCGCUGGUGACCGUCCCUGCUCCCUCCAUCCUGACACCGCCGGCUGAAUCACAGAGCGGGGUGGCACUGAAGGUGGCGGCCACCGUGCUGCAGCCCAUCUGCCUGGGGGACAGCCCCGUUGUCCUGCCUAUCCACCUGCAGGUGGCUGGCAGUGCCGCCCCGCAGAUGCCGGCCAGUGGUGCCACCCCGUACGUCAUGACCACGCAGGGCCCCAUCCCACUACCAGUCCUACUGGAGCAGCAUGUUUUUCAGCACCUCAACUCGCCCCUGGUGCUGCCCCCCGGCACUGCCUGCCCUGCCAGCCCCCUGCAUGGUGGUCUUUUCCCAGGCGCCUCUGCCCCUGUCAGCCAGCCCCAGCUCCUGGACCCCAAACCGUCAGGCCCAGGCCAGGAGCCCGUGCUGCCGCCUGUCUUUCAGACACCAGGUUUCGCCGCAGUCCUGCAGGACCUCUUCCCCUCAGGGCAGGGCGCCCUGGGCUCGGCCCCCUGCCAGCCCCCUCCUGACUAUGCUGCCCUCCCACCCCAGGCCUUCAGCUCACCCCUCUCCCCGCUGGUGCCCCCUGCCACGCUGCUGGUGCCCUACCCUGUCAUCGUGCCCCUGCCCGUCCCCGUGCCCAUUCCCAUCCCUGUCCCCAUCCCCAUGCCCCAUGGUGCUGAAGCCAAGGUGACCCCCGACCCACCCAAGCCCCCACUCUUCACCCCGCAGCCCUGCAAGGGCACCCAGACCCCUCUGGAGAAGGAGGAGACGAAGCCCUUUGACCUCGUCCACCAGCGGGACUUCUCCCAGCUAAACCGCCACACUGUCAUCAAGAUGGGCAGCGAGAACGAGGCGCUGGACCUCUCCAUGAAGAGCCCACCCAUGGCUCGGGCCUGCGAGGCUGCCCCGCCACCGCCAUCUCCUGAGGACGGGGCACUGGACCUGUCGCUCUCCUCGUGCCGCAAGCCAGGGGGUCCCCAUGGGGAGAUGGCCAGCAGCGGGCCCAGUGCCGAGGGCAGCCCGCAGGACAAGCCGGCCACCCCCUUCGCCCCUUCCAAAGCACCGGAGGCUGCAGGCAAGGCGGAGGGCAGGGUGGUGGGGCCGGGGCCAGGUGAGCUCCUGCGGCCGCCACAGAAGUGGUUGGUGGAACCAGCCGGGAGGGCGGCCUGCGAACCCAAGGCCGGUGGCAACAACAUUGAGAUCGUCAGCACCUCUCAGACAGCCAAAGUCAUCGUCUCUGUCAAGGACGCCGUGCCCGCCAUCUUCUGCGGCAAGAUCAAGGGCCUGUCGGGGGUGUCCACCAAAAACUUCUCCUUCAAAAGGGACAUGCCCCAGGACUCAGUGCUGCAGUGCUACGACAUGAAGAGCCAGCCCGAGCCGCGGGACAACACCGAGGCGCUUAGGAAACCCGUAAAGAACAGGAGCGUAAAGCUAAAGAAAAUGAACUCGCCCGAAAUACACAUUCUUCCAAUAAAGAAGCAACGGCUUGCUGCCUUUUUUCCAAGAAAGUAAAUUAUGGGUUUUUAGAAUUUUAAGAUUAUUAUGGAAAAAAAAAAAAUAAUAAAAAAGAUGCACUUGGUUUUAAACUCAUUUAAAACUUUAAACUAUCUUUGUAAGUUAUUUUUGGGGAAGGGGGAGAGGAGCAGAAGUAGAGUCCCUAUAAGCUGGGUUUCUUCUUUUUUUUUUUUGUUAUUAAAUUUUGACUUUUCGUGGGAAACUGAAUAAAAGCAACCUAUUUUUCAAGCAGAUUGCACAUUUUGCAGCUUUAAUGGAGUAACGGAUGAGUCAGAGGGGUAAGAGCUAUUUUCACUGCCAUAAAGUGCUUUGAUGAUGUAAUUCUUCAUAAUGGUUAGAACGGAAAUUUCAAAAUAAAUGUUUGUACGUGCUAA